AUGCCGGCGGUCCACGGGAAAAAGUGCUAUCACAGGGGUGCGGUGUUCGCGAGACGCUGCUGGUGCUCUGCCGCAAAAUCGACGGACUUUCUGAGGAAGUACGGUUCCUUAGACGUGACAACGAAUAUCUGCGAGUUCAACUGGCACGAAAGAAUUCUAUUUGUGAAGGGCCAAGGGCACGCACAUUUUCCCACGGGAACGGACGAUAAACCCAUUGAAGGAAAAAACCUACAAUUCAAUCUACAGGAUGUGGUGCUGGAUUUCUUGUAUCGUGUUGCGAAGGAAGAAGGCGCCAACCUAUGGGAUCUGGAUAUCUUUGGAAAAAACCCGCACCGCCCGAAAAAGAAUAACCACCCUGUCGUUCGAGAACAGAUGUCCGAAGUGACCUUAGAAGAAGCACGGAUAGUUUCGACGAAACCCUUGGUUGCCUACACCCAACUGUUCCACAACGGGCAGCCAGAUCGCAACGAAACCGCGACCAUUGACAAGCAAAUCAAGCAUCACAAUACCUACACGUACACGGUGGAUCGAGGAAUAGACACUGGACUGACGGGAAGUUGGAGCGCCGGGAUACAGGAAGUAAUCGGGGCCCAAACCGAAGUCUCAGUUAAGUUCUCCACUUUAUGGGGGACCACAGAAACUAAGACCACAGAAACUACGUACAGCAUCAAACAGCAAGUCAACGUACCGGCGGAGUCGACUGUACUUGUUCAGAUGAUCAUUACCGAAGAAGUGGUGGACGUUCCGUGGCACGCCACGAUGGAACUAAAGGGGUACUUCGCCGGAUACUUCGAAAAAGGCAACCGAAAAUACUGGAGCGACUUUCCUGUCGGAGUUCUACGACAUCCCGACGUGCACAAGAUAGCCCAUGACAGAAUUUUGUUGCGCGCUACGGGUACUUUCCACGGUAUAAAAGCCAAAAGCAGCCAUACGGUUACCCGAGAAAAACGGCAUUUUAAAUAA